GGAAAUUCAAGCUGAGAAAGCCAAACAGAUUCGUUGAAUUUCAUCAUGAGUCUACUGGGUUUUCUCAAAUUUGCCCUGAAUUUCCUUGACGUUCUUGCAUGGCCUCUCUUUGCUUUGGGGUAUCCUCUAUGUGCUUCGAUCCGGGCAAUCGAGAGUAAUUCAAAUUGGGAGACUCAGAAGUUGGUCACAUAUUGGAUUUCCUUCUCUUUGGUUUCACUCUUUGAGCAUUCUUUCGUGCACCUCCUUGAAUGGAUACAGAUCUGGCCUCACAUUAAGUUAAUGAUCAUCUGCUCGCUGGUUAUACCGCACUUCGAUGGUGCUUUUUACGUCUAUAAUCACCUUGUUCAUCCAUACCUCUUACUCAACCCAGCGCUCUUAUGCAAG